AUGGCAGCUUCACAAAGUGGAAAAUUUGCAACCUUGGGUGCACGUGUGGUUGCGUCUUUCAGCGAGACGCUGCAAACCUUCGAAACAGGCCAGAACGAAGACGGCGACAUCUUUUCCGAGGCACUUUUUAUAAUUCAGAAUGAGUUUGAGUAUUUCCAGAUGUUCGCCACUCGAGUUCCGCUUUUCGCUGUUGGUGAUCGCUCCGUGGAUUCACAACUCUUGCCGAGCGAGUGUCGGGUCGGCCAACUGGGCGGAUUGCUUGAAACAUACUUGACUCAGCUGGACUCAAACCUGCAAGAGUGUGUCGAGCUCUGCCGUACCGAAAGAGGUCGAAAAGUGACGGAUCCUCAGACUGCAGAGAGCAGCGAACUUGAAGGCAACACACAUACCACGGAUCCUGAGACCUUCUCGCAGAGCUUAGGCGAUGACUGCCUGGAUCGUGUUGUCUUCGACGACAGUGAUGAAGAAGAAGUGACUCCAUCUGAACAUCUGGGUCUCCUGAUGGAACAAAUCCAUGACAUUAGAUGCAGCAUGCUUGGGUUUUUCAGUCACCAUUGGGCCAACAUCCACGAAUAA